UGUGAGGAAGUGAAAGUCACACAGUCGGAGCCACAGAGAGGAGACAUGGCGCAGAAAGGAGUUGAGCUGGACAGAGAGAGCUUCUCUUGUUCCAUCUGUCUGGAUCUCCUGAAGGAUCCGGUGACUAUUCCCUGUGGACACAGCUACUGCAUGGAGUGUAUUCAAAGCUUCUGGGGUGAAGAGGAUGAGGAGAAAAUCCACAGCUGCCCUCAGUGCAGGCAGAUGUUCACAGCCAGGCCUGUCCUGGUGAGAAGAGAGAGGACGGAGAGGCAGAGGGAGCUGGAGGAGAGUCGACACAUCAUCCAGCAGAGGAUCCAGGACGCAGAGAAAGACGUGAAGCUGCUGGAACAGGAGGUGAAGAACAUCCAUGUCUCUGCUGAUCAGACAGUGGAGGACUGUGAGAAGACCUUCAGCCAGCUGAUCCGUCUCCUCCAGGAAAGAAGCAGAGAUGUUGAGCAGCAGGUCAGAUCCCAGCAGCAAACAGAGGUGAGUCGAGUGCGAGAGCUUCAGGAGAAGCUGGAGCAGGAGAUCGCUGAGCUGAAGAGGACAGACGGCCAGCUGGAGCAGCUCUCACACACAGAGGAUCACACAGAGUUUCUGCUCAGCUUCCCCUCACUGUCAGCUCUCAGUGAGUCCACACACUCAUCCAGCUUCCACACUGCUCCUCUCAGAUACUUUGAGGAUGUGACAGCAGCUGUGUCAGAGGCCCGAGACAAACUCCAGGACAUCCUGAGUGAAACAUGGACAAACAUCUCACUGAGAGUGACUGAAGUGGAUGUUUUACUGCCACAACCAGAGCCAACGACCAGAGCUGCUUUCUUCAGAUACUCAUGUGAACUCACACUGGAUCCAAACACAGUAAACAACUGGCUGUUAUUAUCAGAGGGAAACAGAAAAGUCACAUUAAUGAAGAAUAAACAGUCUUUUUCUGAACAUCCAGACAGAUUCACUAAAUGUAGCCAGGUUCUGAGUAGAGAAAGUCUGACUGGACGUUGUUACUGGGAGGUGGAGAGGAGAGGAGAGGUUCAUGUAGCAGUCGCAUACAAGAAUAUCAGCAGAGGAGGUUGGACUGAAAGUGGUUUUGGUCUUAAUGACAAGUCAUGGGGUUUAUAUUGUUCCAACAACAGUUAUAGUUUUUAUCACAACAAAGUUAAAACUCCAGUGUCAGGUCCUCCUUCCUCCAGAGUGGGAGUGUUACUGGAUCACACAGCAGGUAUUCUGUCCUUCUACAGCGUCUCUGAGACCAUGACUCUCCUCCACAGAGUCCAGACCACAUUCACUCAGCCGCUCCUCGCUGGAGUCUGGUGUAUGGGCAGCACUGGAGCAAGUGCAGAGUUGAUGAAGCUGAAAUAGACUGAGGUCACAUCAGGAGCAGUGAUUUGGUUCCAUCCUGUAAUUUGACUCAUUGAGUCUCCGUCAUGGUUGCUGAGAGCUCCUUGUUGUUUUCUUUCUCCGCUGCACACAGAUCAGCUGUCAAUCAAACAGCCUUCAUCAGCACUUGU